AUGUUCAAGGAUCGCUUGAUGGAUAUGGCGAAAGCCAAUCUGUCGCACUUUAAAAGUAUUGACGAGGAGGUGAUUGAGUUGAUUCCGAAGUAUUCACAGGAAUUUUCAACGCUGGCUGCUCAGCUGGUUGGUGAGCUAGAGUCAAUCAGAGAAGCACUCAACACUUGGCAAUCCUGCCAACAGUCCGUCAUCUCUGGCCCCCGAGUCGAAAAAGAGCAAAAAGAGGCACUCGAACUGCUUCGUGAUCGGGUACGCGCGAGUAUUGCACGCAUUCAGCCGGCUGUCGACGACUUGGCUGAGCGGUUUGAGGUGUUGCAGCAGGCCGAUCUUUCUGACGCUGGGAUGAUAAUGACCACAAAUCAACACACGCUGAUCCAAACGACGUUGAGGGAAGCGAAAGAGGAUCUGAAUGCUAUUGAGGUUGAGUACAAGCUGAACGUGGCGAAUUGGUUUGAAGAUGACCUCCUACGGCCCUCUAAAAAUGACAUCCAAACCAUUCCACUGGUGGUGAGCGCCACUACGACCACGACCACCACAACGAUUGUUGAAGUCGAGACGGUAGAUGAGACUGUGCCGAAGCUCCAGCGGCAACAGACACUCAACAAGGCCUACAAGGAGAUGCAGCAGCGGAAUGUUGAUAUUCUGGAGGUGGAAGGAAAGACGAAAAUGCUAGCCGAGAUGAUGGACGAUAUGAAUCUGCUGGUGAACACGCAGGUGGAGAUGUGCGACCGGGUUGAUCAACAUGUCGACGCGACCAACUACCUAAUCGGCAAGAGCGAAAAAAACGUCAAACAAGCCGAACAGCGCCGAAACGCCACCAACGACAAGCUGUGCAUCAUCUACGCGAUCAUCUUCUGCGUGGCCGUUGUUUUUAUCCUAGUCGGGCUGCCGAAAGCGCUGCUAUUUUGG